GGUCACCAGGAGACCAUCGAUGACUCCGUCUGUACCCGCUCGUUCUAGAUCUGUACCCGCGGCGCAGAAUGUACUGGAAUUGGCCAGAGCGAGGCUUCACGUUUCCGCCGUCCCGGACACACUGCCGUGCCGCGAGAACGAGUUUGCGAACAUCUACAACUUUGUCGAGGGAAAGCUGAUUGGCGGAGGCGGAGGGUGUAUGUACGUCGCGGGCGUACCAGGCACUGGUAAGACUGCCACGGUGCAGGAGGCGGUGAGAAGCCUGGAGGAGGCGCGCGACAACAACGACCUUCCCCAGUUCUCCUUCGUAGAAAUCAACGGAAUGAGAAUGACGGAGCCGCAUCAAGCCUAUGUUCACCUGCUCAAGGCACUGACUGGACAGAAGGCGACUGCCGAACACGCGGCGGCCAUCUUGGACAAGCGCUUUUCGGCGGCUAACAAACGUUCCGUUGUCGUUCUGGUGGAUGAGCUGGACCUUCUGUGGACGCGUAAGCAGGACGUGAUGUACAACCUGUUUGAUUGGCCGAGCCGCACGCGCGCGCGCCUCAUCGUCGUCGCCGUCGCCAACACGAUGGACCUGCCCGAACGCAUCAUGAUGAACCGCGUGUCCAGCCGCCUGGGCUUGACGCGCAUGACCUUCCAGCCGUACAGUCACAAGCAGCUGCAGGAGAUUGUGAUGUCGAGGAUGGCCGGGCUGGAGGCGUUCGAUCGCGACGCGAUACAGCUGGCUGCGCGGAAGGUGGCAGCAGUGUCUGGAGAUGCCAGACGAGCGCUCGACAUAUGCCGCCGGGCAACGGAGAUUGCCGAGACGACGGCGAAGCCAGGUGGCGCCACCGUACUGGUGGGGAUGUCUCACGUUGAGGAGGCUCUGCAGGAGAUGUUUAGUUCUCCCAGGAUCGUCGCAAUGAGGUCGAUACCGAGCGACUCCAAUGCGGACACUAAGCGCGUGCGGGUGGAGAGUAGCGCCCCCUGGCGGGGCAUCGAGGAACUGACGCCCAAGGUCGCGAAACCCAACAAGUUCUUCACGUCGCGAUCCGAGACGCACGUCGUCACGGCGACCACGCAGCCGCCGCCGGCAAUCAGAAUUGCGGACGAGGAUUCUUCCAUCAUUGCCGGCAACCAGCCCGUCGUGAAGCUGAAGAGGAUGCCACGGCAACAGACGCCACGACAACGGCCGCCGUCAUCGAGGGUUCGUAUGCCACGCAGGGGCGCCACUGUCAACGGCGCGAGAAUAAAUGGAAACGACUUGAAGGUGACACUAGGGGGCGGUGGCGUGCACGGCGAUGACACCUGUGACCUUGGAUACAGGUCGUCGCCGCGGGUCAAUGGCGUCUGCAUCCGGCGCGUCAACAAGACGUUGGCACAGAACACACGUGAGACGUGCACCCUGCGUUGUCGUAGCAACCGCAAGAUGGCCGACGAUGCCGAGGUCGAGCAGAGGUCGCGGAGAGUGCUAGAUGAGGUGUUUGAGGAGGAUAAGAGUGAGGACGCACAGCAGGAAGUCGACCGCUUCACGUUUCCGCCGGUCCCGGACACGCUGCGUGCCGCGAGAACGAGUUUGGGAAACAUCUACAACUUUGGUCGAGGAAAAGCUGAUUGGCGGAGGCGGAGGGUGUAUGCGUACGUUGCGGGCGUACCAGGCACGGGUAAGACUGCCACGGUGCAGGAAGCGGCACUGACUGGACAGAAGGCGACUGCCGACACGCGGCGGCCAUCUUGGACAAGCGCUUUUCGGCGGCUAACCAAACGUUCCGUUGUCGUUCUGGUGGACGAGCCGCACGCGCGCACCCUCAUCGUCGUCGCCGUCGCCAACACGAUGGACCUGCCCGAACGCAUCAUGAUGAACCGCGUGUCAGCCGCCUGCGCAGGGUUCCGGUGUCCCAACACGUCUGAGUUCCACGCGAUGGCGUCGUCGCUCGCGGCAACGCCCGAACUCAUCCUGAUGGAGGGCGGCCGCAACGACCUUCACCAGCGCGUCCGUCUCAACGUCAGGGCAGACGACGUCAUGUACGCGCUGAGGGAGGCGCAGACGACAUGAUGUCAUAGACGAUGCGAUGAUGUCAUAGAGGGGCAGACGACGUCAUGUACGCGCUGAGGGAGGCGCAGACGACAUGAUGUCAUAGACGAUGUGAUGAUGUCAUAGAGGGGCAGACGACGUCAUGUAAGCACUGAGUGAGGCGCAGACGACAUGAUGUCAUAGAUGAUGCGAUGAUGUCAUAGAGGGGCAGACGACGUCAUGUACGCACUGAGGGAGGCGCAGAUGACGUGAUGAUGUCAUAGACGAUGCGAUGAUGUCAUAGAGGGGCAGACGACGUCAUGUACGCACUGAGGGAGGCGCAGAUGACGUGAUGAUGUCAUAGACGACGCGGUGAUGUCAUAGACAAUGAGAUGAUGUCAUAGAGGGGCAGACGAUGUCAUCUACGCGCUGAGGGAAGCGCAGACGACGUGAUGAUGUCAUAGACGACGUCGUGAUGUCAUAGUCGAUGAGGUGAUGUCAUAGACGAUUCCAUGAUAAGGGGGAAAAGAAUCAUGGGGGAAAGGUGAGCAACUGAAAGGGAAGCAGUAGGAAAGUGGCAGUGAAAUGAUAUUGGGAAGGGUGAGGAAAUGGUAGAGGAAUGGCAGGUGGAAGGGUGCAUGCUUGGCCCUGACAUGCCAGCGCUUUCCUAAGAAUCCAAGUUACCAUUACCCCAAUAUUCUGAUUUAUUGUAUAUAGAUUCGACAGCUAGGCUGUUACUUCAAGCAUUUGCACCCUUCACCCACCGAAAAUAACUAGGUGCCAAAAUAACUUGGCUAGUUUUAUAUUUUAACACCAGGGGGUGUUACUUGGGCCUACAGGCUUUUUUUUAUAGGGAAUUACAUUCCACGGCAGCCCUUGGGAGUUCCGGUGUGUUGCGUGUUGUAUGUGUUUGCAUUUAUUUCUCGUUUAUUAAUAAACAAUCUAAUCAAAACUUCAAA